CUAUCCUGCGCUCUCCAGCCUCUCCCUGCGCCGGUAGCCGGACUCGCUCGCUCUGCUCUCCCGGGAGAUGAUGUCGUCCACCCCGGGCAGAUCCCCGACUCUACCGCGGCCGAAGAUGCGGAAGGACGAGACUUUCCUGGGGAAGCUGGGGGGCACCCUGGUCAGGAAGAAGAAAGCCAAGGAGGUGAACGAUCUUCAGGAAGAGGGUAAAAAUGCCAUCAACGCGCCCAUGUCUCCCACCCCGAACGACCUGCACCCGGAGGACACGCUGCUCGAGGAAAACGAGGAGAGAACCAUGAUUGAUCCGGCGUCUAAAGAAGACCCGAAAUUUAAGGAACUGUUAAAGGUUCUCAUUGAUUGGAUAAACGAGGUUCUGGUGGAGGAGAGAAUCAUCGUAAAGGACUUAGAAGAAGACCUCUAUGACGGACAGGUUCUGCAGAAGCUUAUAGAGACGUUGGCCAGUUGUAAGAUGAACGUGGCCGAGGUGACGCAGUCCGAAAUUGGACAGAAGCAGAAGCUGCAGACGGUCCUGGAAGCUGUGCAUGAUCUCCUGAGACCUCAAGGGUGGCCCAUUCGAUGGAAUGUGGAUUCGAUUCACGGAAAGAACUUGGUGGCCAUUCUGCAUCUCCUGGUGUCCCUGGCUAUGCAUUUCCGGGCCCCGAUCCGGCUCCCCGAACACGUGUGCGUGCAGGUCGUGGUGGUUAAGAAACGGGAAGGACUUCUUCAGACGACUCAUGUGACCGAAGAGCUUACAACCACUACCGAGCUAAUGAUGGGGAAAUUUGAGCGGGAUGCGUUUGACACUCUGUUCGAUCACGCUCCGGAUAAGCUGAGUGUGGUGAAGAAGUCUCUGAUCACCUUUGUGAAUAAGCAUCUGAACAAGUUGAACCUGGAAGUGACGGAGCUGGAGGCUCAGUUUGCGGACGGAGUUUACUUGGUGCUUCUGAUGGGGCUGCUGGAAAAUUACUUUAUCCCUCUGCACCAUUUCUUCCUGACGCCCGAGGACUUCGAUCAGAAGGUUCAUAAUAUCUCAUUUGCCUUCGAGUUGAUGCAGGACGGGGGACUCAAGAAACCCAAAGCCCGACCCGAAGAUAUUGUUAAUCUGGAUCUGAAGUCCACCCUGAGGGUCUUAUACAACCUGUUUACAAAAUACAAGAAUGUUGACUAAGGGGCGCUCCCUGCGGACCCCGACCCAUCGCCCCGAUG